AUGUCGCGUCCAAGUCAAUCCAGUGAUACGCGCGACGAUAUCGAAGCCCGUGAACUUACCGAAGAAGUCGCUACUACCGUCACCGCCUUCAAGACGCGCCUCGAUGACGACACUACUAUUGUCUCGGCAUAUUCACAAAGUGUGAUAGACCCAGUGAGCAAGGUCAACGAGAACGAGUCUCGACUUCGGCGUGAACGUGAUGCUGCUCUUUGCACCGUUGGCGAACAGAAGCGAAAGCUGAAUAAUCUGUACACCAAAAUCGGACAGCUUUGGGAGGAGAACGAUGCCCUCAAGGAGAACACUACGACCUCAAAGGACCAAGAGAAGAGUACCGAAGAGCUUUGUGGAGCAUGCAGAGUGAAAGACGCCGAGAUCGCUCAACUUCACGAACAAAUCGACUCUGCAGGUGAGUCAUCCGAAGAGAGCAAAGAAAUGGGCUCUCGAACCCAGGAGUGUAACCUUGCGUUGAUAGAAGCCAAGACCGAUCCCGACGAGGACACCGCACAGACCGGAUUACGUAUCGCAUAUUUCAAAGCAGAGGAAGAGUUGCGGACCAAAGACCUCGCGCACGCCGCGGAGAUAGUGAAGAUUAAAGAAGAGCAUGGCAUCCUCGCUACUCGCCUCUACGAGGAAGUGCGUGAUGCUCGCACAACCACCAAUGAAGAGCACGCAGAGAGACUAUGUACGCAGGAACAGCUCUCCAGCAUCGCGAAAGAACUCUCCAACACCAAGAAGCAGCUCUUCGACUCGGAAGAGCAGUAUCAGAUACUCUACGACAUCAUACCCAAGCCGGGAGGAGGUAGAAUGGCAAAGCCGCCGCUGCCAGCCAUACCGCUAUUCAGUCACAACGGAGAAGUGGAAAGUUCCUCACCUUCGGUACCGCGCGCCUCUAGCCUUGUGCCAACAGAUCAUUCGCAUCGUAGUCACAGCCAAGACAAAGAGGCUUCUUCAACCCCAUCACAUAUCUCCAAUGGCUCGAAGUCUAGCCGAGAUCAGCACACCCUCGAGAGAACCUGCGACGCGACGCGCGCCCCUCCUUCCUCAACUCCGCCGAAGCGGGUUAUUGACCAAGUCGACGAUGCAGCCUCUCCGGCACCUAUCAGUAAGCGAGGCCCAGGCAGACCACGAAAGGUGACGUCUACGCACUACAACCCACGAGCUCAUCCGCCCCCGGAAUCCGAGACUCCAUCUACGAUCGUCGUUGAUAAGCCUUCGCACAAACUCGACCAAGACCAAUUAUCGAUACAGCGACCAAAGAAGCGGAGAACGCUCGGUUUCGGACCGUAUAAACCCAAACUCUCCUCUGCCGAUGACAUACCUUGGCUGUUCUGUGUCGCGGGCGAAGGCGAAGGCAUCAGAUAUCAUACGCUCGACGAUUUAUCCCCCGAGGCCCAAGCGAUAGUCACAGAAAGGUUCCAAUACUGGUUCAGUGCCAGCAACAAUGCCCAAUACAACCCAGCCGAUACCUACCACCACAAUGAUUACGCCAGGAUGGUCAAAGAAGGCAACCGGCUAGCGAAUGUAGGAGCAGGAUGCGUACAAAACAUGGUAUUUGCAAAAGGCAGACCAUCAAAGACUGCAAAGCAGACUGGUGAGCAUGAGGCUUGUGGCUCAUGUCAGAGCAAGGGCUCCCCGUGUGUCAGGAUGAUUCUCCACGACGGGAACCCGGUCCUAUGCUGGUACCGUCAGGGCUCGGUUAUGUCAUCAAUUACGACGUGGCAAGACGCAGCCUAUUGGAUAAAGCAAAGAUCGUCAACAAUCGAGGAGCCCGAACCCGAGCCUCUGCAGUCUACUGAUCUAGCAGAACCACCCGUAGUGCCCCAUAAGAAAUGGUGCAAUGUCGAACGUUACGCCCUUUGGCGCUGCAUCAACAAGUGGUGCAAAGAACAUGGUGUAGACGCGUUCACGCAAGCAAAAUUCAACCUGGCUACAUGCUCCAAUUUUGCGGACCAGAUAAAGACAGACUGUGGAGCUCAAGGCAAGGAGUCAGAUCGUAGCGCAGAGAGCGUCCGCGCUCAGUUUAGAGGCGCGCUUCGCCCUCUGGACCCCACGGAACCUAACAAGCCGAUCACAGAGUUGGCCGACCGUGCAGAGAAACUGAGAGCUAAAAUCGAAAGCGGCGACUAUGUUUCGGUGGAUGAGAGGUAUCCGGAAGCAGCCAUCAAUAUUCCAGGGGAUGACAAGUCUGACGCUGGGUUGUAA